AUGGUAAAAAUUACAACCAUCUCCCGAGAUGAUGAUGCCCAUACACGAAGAACUUCCUAUGAAACCACCCGACACUUUUCCGAUCCAAAUCCCGAACUCAUUCAUCGGUUUGAAAAGCCUCGUGAAUACAUGAGAGCCAUCAAUGCUGCAAAAAUUGAUAAUAUUUAUGCAAAGCCUUUUCUUGCUGAUUUAUCGGGACAUGCAGAUACACCUACAUGUAUUUGUACGGAUCCUAAUUCUCUCAUUCAUAUUAUUAGUGGAAGCUGUGAUGGUCAAAUUAGAGUUUGGGAUUUAACGGAGAGAAAGACGAUUUAUGCCAUUGAUAGAGCUCAUAAUGGAUUUGUGAAUGGAAUUGUAAUUCCACCCUAUAGACAUUCAUCGGACUCGAGUGAGAACUCGUUUUAUUUUACGGUUGGAACUGACAAGCAUUUAAAGAGAUGGGAAUUGAAUUUACAAGUGGCCAAUGUAAAUCCGAAUAUGGCAAGUACAAAAUUUGGAAGUAUUGGAUACACUUUGGCAGAUUAUGUGGGAAAGAGCAACAGUAAUGCAACAACCAAGUUACCUUCGUAUGCCACUCCUAUUCAAGAUGUUGUUUCACAUAAUGCCUUACUCUGUAUUGAUCAUCAUUAUAGUGACCCAAUUGUGGUAACCAGUGGACAUGAAUACGUUCAAAUUUGGGAUUGUUCAGGAAAUAGUUCAUCUUCCUUAAUUCCAGGUAAUUCAUCAAGACUGGUUUGUAAACAAGAGUAUGAGCUUGCAACCUCGACUGAAACCAUUUAUAGUGUUAAAUUUAAUAAGGUUGAGAAGAAUUUGAUUGCAUAUUGCGCGCGUGACAGAACAGUUGGAUUGUAUGACAUGAAAACCAAUCAAAUGAUUCGUGCUGUGACUAUGCAAACAAAAUCUAAUAAGGUUUGUUGGAGUCCAAUGAAUCCAUUCCACUUCUCAGCAGCAAAUGAAGAUGGCAAUGUAUAUACCUUUGACAUGAGAAUUUUGGAAAAGGGUCCACUCAUGAUGCAUUCAGGCCAUAUAAAUGCAGUGAUGGAUGUUGACUACAAUCCAAGUGGUACAGAAAUUGUGACUGCUGGUUACGAUAAGACCAUUCGUAUUUUCAGAACGGAUUCCACUUCUUACAAGGCACGUGAGGUGUAUCAUACCAAGAGAAUGCAACGAGUGUUUUGUGUGAAAUAUUCUGGUGAUGGAAGGUAUAUUUAUAGUGGAAGUGACGAUCAAGCUAUUAGAAUUUGGAAGGAUGAACGAAGUGCUCCAUUGAGAGGUGGUGGCAUGACCAAGAAGGAACAACAACAAAUUGAAUAUAACCAAAAAUUAAUAGAGAGAUAUAGAAGCGUUGAAGAGGUGCGAAAGAUUGCCAAUCACAGACAUUUACCGCACAGAGUGAAGACUCAAUCAAAGGAAAUGCAAAAAGAAAGAGAGGCAGAAGAUAGAAGAGAAAAAAUUAGAGAACGAUUUACAAAGAAAAAGGACACAAAUAAGAAUUCGCUCACUGCCAAGAUUGAAAAAGUCAAAGCCAUGCGAAAGAGAUUCUUGAAGGUGAAUGAAUAG